CGCGAAAGCCGACGCUCUUUCGAGAUGCCGACGAGGUUGCAUAAGAACCGCAAGAAGCGCGGGCACGUGUCCGCGGGUCACGGCCGUAUCGGUAAGCACCGCAAGCACCCGGCGGGUCGCGGUAUGGCGGGUGGUCAACACCAUCACAGAAUUAUGAUGGAUAAGUAUCACCCGGGUUACUUCGGUAAGGUUGGUAUGCGUCACUUCCACAAGCUCAAGAACCACUACCACUGCCCGACCAUCAACAUUGACAAGCUUUGGACGCUCGUCGGCGAGGAGAAGCGUGAGGAGUGCGCCAAGAACACGUCUCAAGCGCCGGUGAUUGAUCUCACUGAUCACGGUAUCUUCAAGCUUCUCGGUAAGGGUCAACUCCCGAGCCAACCGGUCGUGGUGAAGUGCCGUUACAUUAGCAAACUCGCCGAAAAGAAGAUCAAGGAUGUCGGCGGCGCGUGCAUUCUCACCGCGUAAAGGGCGUCUCUCGAAUUCGGGUUCGUCUUCUGGGUAGUCUGGGAUUAGUACCGCGCGUUGUUAUGAGUAACAUUCAUCUCACGCGUUC